GCUGGGGGUGGAGGCAUGUGCUGGGCGUGGACAAAUGAUCGGAGGGGGAGCUAAGAGAGUCUGGCAGACCAUGCACACUCCUGCUCCCCAUUUAACGGGCCCACCUGGCAAGGGGGCCCUCUUCUCUGAACAUCUGGAAAGAAACCCCUCCACCAGCUGCAGGAUGGGCAGCAGCAGAAGGAAGGUCAUCUGGGCCCUGUGCUCGUUGCUGCUGCUCCUUGAAGCCAGCUCUGCCAAGAACGUUUGGAAACGGGCAUUGCAUGCGAGGCUGGCUGAGAAACCCCACGCCGCGGAAGCGGACAGCCCCCGGCAGCCCCGCGCGGACCGCUGCCCGCCGCCCCCGCGCUCGCUGCCCCCUGGAGCCUGCGAGGCGGAGCCCUGCCAAGCCGACUCCCAGUGCCGGCAGCGCCAGCGCUGCUGCUACAACGGCUGCGCCUACGCCUGCCUGGAGGCCAUGCCGCCCCCUCCCGUCCCAGGAGGUGCAGAGACUGUUGUCAGCCCUAUUUCACAGCCGAAGACACUGAAGCUCAGAGCAGCCGAGCCACCUGCAGAGGUCAUACAGCGGACAGAGCUAGAGUUUCAGCCCGUCUUCUGUGAGGUGCCCACUGCCUUAGGCCCCGAGGGCAGGGUUGUGGGGCCCCUGCUUCAGUACCUGGGCCCAUAUACAGGGCCCCUCACUGCCUGAAACAUCCCAACCCCAGACACCCACACGGCUCACUCCCUCCUCUCCUUCAGAUCCUUGUCCAGAGGUGGCCACUUUCUCGGGGAAGAUUCCCCUCUCUGCAUGGCAAUCCCUCCUCCAGCCUCCCCUUACCCUCUUUACCCGCUUCAGUUUUCUUUAUAGUCCACCCCGAAUAUUGUGUUUUGUUUGUGUGUUCAUUGCCUGUUUCCCCCACUUGAAGAUCAGCCCCACAAGGAGAAUUUGGUCUAUUUUAUUCACUGUUAUAUCCCUACCAUCUGGGCCUCGAAAAGUUAUUCAAUGAAUCAAUGAUUCAUAAAAUAAUAAAAUGACUAGUUUUCACUGGCCAGCAGAAAGAGACAUUAGUUAGUCAUAAUAACAGUGGGAAUGCUAUUUAACACAAGGUUUCUCACCCUUGGCACUCCUGGGGGGUUAGAUAAUUCUACUCGAAGUUGUGUUGGGGGGCUGACCUGGGCAUUGUAGGAUAUUGAGCAGCAUUCCUGGCCUCUAUCCAUUAGAGGCCAGUACUACCCCCACUCCACAUUGUGACAACCAAAAAUAUCUCCAGACUUUGCUAAACGUUCCGUGGAGAACAAAAUUGCUUCGAACUGAGAACCAUGAUCUAACAGGAGCAGAUGACUUGCAGUGCACCAGGCCCUAUUCUAAGCAGCUUACACACUUCCUUGCAUUCCCCGGGGGUGGGAGAGACUAUUUUCAAAAGCGAAUCUUGAGAUAAGGGCUGGGGUACAGGGAGUUUAUGUAGCAGGUGACCCCAGGAAGUUCCCGUGAAGGAGCAGAGAGGUGAGCCUGUGGGCCUCCAGGCCUUUAGGAGUCUGCAAAUGGAGGGCAGGCCUUAACCAAGUUUAGUUUUCCAAAAAGUAUAGCAAAAUGUGUACACUUCCCUGCUGCUCAGAAACCUUUGACCAAUGCAGAGGAGCAUACAAAUAGUAAGUAUUGAUAUAUUUCCUAUUGGUAAAAGAUGGCAUCGAAAACAUUUUCUAGUGUGUGGUGGGAAGCAGGAGGGAAAAACCAGAGGAUUAGAAAUAGUGGCUGUGGAACGCCGUCAUGCCACCCCUCUAGUUUGGAAAUUGCAAAUUAUUGGUUUGUUCCCCCUGCUGUUUCCAUUUCCACGCUGUGAGGUGAUCCAGCAUUUUUACCAAUACCCAUCUAUGUACUUUCAAAGGCGCUAGACAGCACAUGAACCUCUUUAAUUUUGUCAUAUUUCUGACCCAGAGUAAAGCAGAGGUCAAAAGCAAGUGUAAUCUCAGACCAAUUUCAUUUGAUCUCCAAAGUGUUUUAAAAUUUUUUAAUUACUAGUUGCCAAACAUUUAAAACCCGGAAGAUUUAUAUUAGUUAGAUUUACAGCUUAAAACAAAAAUCAGCUCCGGAAACACUGGGAAUGGCUGGCCGAAGCUGACCAACAGCUGACCCACUGAGGCAGAAACACUCUCAGGUUUGCCAUAUCUGUUUGUCUGACCGAGCCUGAUUUUCUCCUUUGUAUCAUCUAUCUGCCUCCGGGAGGUAUUUGGGCUUUCAACCCCUGCUUUAGAUUUUUGAAGGCCUUCCAGUCUACUAAGUGGGUCACUCUUCUGGUUAAAAAUGUACCGGUACAAGCUGUGCUGCUGUAACAAAAAGACCCAUAAACUCAGGGCCCAACCUAUGAGGCGUUUACUUCUCCCUCAGUUAAUAGGCCAGAGGUAGACAGAUGGUUCAUGGCAGCCAGGUGGCUCUGAUCCAGUCAUCCAAGGACCCAGGUUCCCUCCAUCUUUUUGCUCCACAAGAUCAAAGUGGCUCCCAGCCUGUGGGGAGAGGGAGAGGGAGACAAAGGGGAGAAAACAGGCGUUGAUGCAAGAGCAAGACCAGAAAUUACUAGAACAUCAUCACUUCUGCUCACAUUCCAUUGGCCAGAACUCAGUCACACGGCCACACCUAGUUGCAAGAGAGGCUGGGAAAUGUAGUCUCCAGCUUGGCCACACAGUAGCCAGCCAAAACUCAAAGUUCUAUCAUUCAAAGGAAAGGGCAAGUGUAUGCUGGAGAACCACCAUUGUUUCUCCCCCAGAGGCGGGGGCAUUUCUCAGCUGCCUGAGGAGGGCCUCAG